AUGCAAGAUAAUGCCAAUAAUUUGUUUGACUUACCAUUUUCGGCUUCACUUUCGUACCAUCCAAUAGAAUACCUUCCUCCUAAGCAGGCAGUUAUAUCAUUUAGUGCCCCAUUCAGUGAAAGUUUCCCAUAUGAGAAGAUAACAGCGAUUGAGGAAGAGGAUGGAGAAGAACUGACUGCAAUUCCCGAUGACUUUGGCUUUGAAUCUGAUGAUUUACAGUAUGUGAAGUUCAAAAAACCAGCUAUGAAGUUGGGCAAGGGGAAUAAGCCCAUUACAGAUGAUGAUUCUGUAUCUCUAUUGAACUCAUUUGAACGUUCAUUACUUGAAUUAUUGCCUCAGGUGUCAAAGAAAGAUUACAUAAAGCCUCCAAUUAAAGUGAAAAGGAUCAAACUGAUUGGAAAUAUUGAUAGCGAGGAGGUGCGAGAACUUGAAGAAGGACUGAUACGACUGGAAAGCGGUGAUCCAGGACACAAAAGGUCUAAUUCGGAGUCAACGUUUGAUUAUAAUAAACGUACAAAGCUAGAAGAGAUCAAAAGUGAUGGAUCAAGUCCUGCUCCGGCGAUGUCUAAUAGCUCUGAGCUGGUUGACUAUGCUGAAAAGAAGGUGAAUACACUUCUGGACGAACUGAGUCCUGAUGCUGACUUACGCAAGACAUUUACACGACCAAAUGGUGACGAGAUAUCACUUUUGAAAUUGUCCUUUUGGCAUCAAAUACGAGAAAAUAUCUCCAGAUUGUGGCACAGCGAUGCUGUUUGUCGAUUGGACGUCGAAAACUUGCUUGCGCUUGAACAUGAAGCUCAAAGUACUCUUGAUUCUAUUAAUUCCGUUGUCAACUGGAAGUCUCAGAGUUCUCUUACAGCUCAACUAGCACAUAUUUCCAUGGAAAGUGCAACAGUCUUGCUUAUGUUACUUACUAGCAGCAUUGGAGAGAAGCGUAUGUAUAAGGAGACAUUUUUAACGAGUGUUUUCACUCUCAUUCAUGACCUUCAAGAUUCUGUCUUACCACUUUAUUCUUCUUCUACCACUUCUGUUCAUCCAGGCGUCAUCAAAUCUCUUCAUGAUCUUUCGGAACUUCUUAAUAUGAUCGUGAAGUUCUUACUGGGAACUAGAGUCAAUGACUCGUUGAUUACCAGACUUGAGUACUUUGCCUUUGCGUUCAUCUUUGCCGAUACCCCUAAGUAUGAUGAUACAGCCUUAGCUGUGAAUCUAGAGAAGCUCCGUGUAGCUGGCUCUAGCCUUCUUCUCACUAUUGCUAAGCAAUAUCCGGAGCAGUCCCAGUUCAUUGUCAGCGAGAUUUUUGCCAACUUUGAUAGUGUUUCUCAUUUGAAAGCACGUAGCAGACAAUUUAGGCUUUCUAGAGGCAUCAAUGUUCAAUUAAUCAGUAUAUUAUUGGUUCGUUUGGUUCAAAAUACUGACUGUAUGGAUUAUUCAUUUGAUGAGACUUAUUGGAGGAUGACAGGAUCGAAAGUUUCGUCCAGAAAAUCUCAGAAGGAAGUUGUUCAGCAGAUGACUAAUGAUUUUUAUAGCUAUUUGGAGCAGAGAUCAAAACAUGCAGAUGGGGUGGCCAACGAGAUUGCUGCCGCUAUGGCUACCAGAAUGUCACUCUCAUUUAACCAGAAUGUCCGGAAGGUGUUUGAAAAUUUAGUUCAUGACCUUCUGAACAUGCUAAAUUAUCCUGAGUAUCCUGGGUGCGAAGCAAUUCUUUGCUCGAUGAUGAUAAUGCUACUUCAUGUUUGCUACUCGGAGGAUGGAUAUCAAUCAUCUCUGCAAUCGUUUGCCUUUGAAAUCUCUGGUAUUAUUGGAUCCAGCUUGAUGCGCUUGAAAGAGCAACGGACACAUUCAUUGAGUCGUGAUUUUGCCUUGAUUCAUUCGGAUCAUCUUCAGGUUUUAUACUACUUGAGAGAGAAUGUGGCUGCCAUUGAGGAUAAUUCCUUUUCCUAUCUAUACAUGAAGUAUCUAUCAAGACUUCGCAAAACGAUCAAGGGAGCCUCUAAGACGGGCGACAACACUGCCCCUUUGCCACUUGUAAAGAAGCUUGAGAACGCUUCUAAAUCUCUUAUUCAAGUCCUCAACGAUAACCUGACAGUGCUUAACAGCAAUUCUUCUUCGAAUAUUCUUUCUUCGUAUCAUGAAAUUCUUCUUACGGGCAACUUGAUUGAUCAGUAUGACCCUUUUAUUUCCCUCAUCACUAGGAAUUUGUCGAACAAGAAGAUCAAGUCGCAAUCUGUUGCAAUUAAAAACUUGUCAUUGUUGGUAAGCAAUGACCCCUCUAUCUUGAAAAUGCCCACUGUUAGGCGUAUUUUAGCAACAAGACUCAAAGAAUCCCAUGCAUCUGUCUGCGAUGCCAUUCUUGAUCUUCUCUCGAAAUUUCUCAACUCUCAUGUUGAAAUGAUUCCUCUCUUUUAUAGCAUGAUCUCUGAAAAAGUAAGUGAUACAAGUGUCUCUGUGAGACGGAAGGCUAUUUCUCUUUGCUCGUACAUUUAUAGAAGCACCCACAAAGUGGAAAUUCGGGCCAAGAUUAGCGAGCAGUUGUUGAAAAGACUAGACGAUGAAGAAGAUACUAUUACGUUCCAGGCUUGCAAGUCUCUAUUAGAUUCCUGGUUUGUGUCUAUUAACGAUUUAUACGGGCAGUCAUUAGAGGAUACCGGUAUUUCUUUGAAGGAUGAAGUUCUGUCUACAGUGGCGGUCAUUGUCCAGGUGUUUAAUGAAGGGGAUCGUAACUGGACGUACUUUGAGCGGCUUUUAAAAGAGAAAGUCCUAAUGAGAAACGAUCUUAAUGAAGGGAUCGAUGAUCAAUUGCUCAAGGCAAUUUCUCUUAUGGUGGAAUACAUCCUUGAAUAUGCGACUGAAGAUGCUAUUAUUAUGAUGGAAGAUGAUGGCAUGAAGCGAAAAGUUGGAGAUAUCAUGGGAUUUCUUGCUAUUAUUAUUGGAUGUGAUAGUUCCUUUAUUCAUCAGGACCAGUUACUUGCCCUUCAACCUUAUUUAACUGACGAAUUGUCCACUGGUAACUCCUUAUGCUACCAUACUUUGCAGAUAUUUCAUCUAGCGCUCCCUCGCAUGACGAACUUAAACUCACGAUUUAUCAGCGAGUGCCAGGAGUCAAUUUUAACGCGGCUUACUAGGUUCAAUUCACGCGAACUUGACGAAGCUAUGCCAUGCCUUUGGUCACUCUCUACUCGCUCUCGGACUAUUGAGAUCGUGACAAGAGCUUGCAUUUCGUCGUUGAGGCUGAUGAGACUGUCUAUGGGUAAAUCGGUAGAUGCAAGGAAGUUGCAUAGGCUUUUGUAUUUGAUUGGCAGCUUUGGUAGGUACUGCAACUUAGAAAGUUAUCAGCAGUUGUUUCUGCAUUCUCGACUCGGUAUGAAGGACAAUGAGUCUGUGACUUCGUUGCUCGUCAGGCACAUACUUGUGUUCUGCGAUGAAAACAACAAGGAGUUGCAGAAGCCGGCUAUCAGGAAUCUUGUGGGAAUUUGCGUCUCGCAUCCAGAAUUAUUUAUGAGCAUUUCCGUACUUGCUAUCAUGGACGACAUAUUUUCAAAGCUUCCCGAGAACUUGGAACUACGGGGAAUCAUCGUGGAUGGGAUCUCAUUUUUCCUAGAGGAAGAAGAGAAAAACGUCGUAGAAAGAAAUGGAUUGGAUGCCAAACAUUCAAAGAAAAAGACCCUUGAUGUAGCUGCAUUCCACGGCGAAUCUGCAGAGUACAUUAAUGACAGCAUUUGUGCUUCUUUGGUGCAACGAUAUUUAAAGCCAAUACUUCAAGGUUCAAUUGAUACAGACCAAGAUUUCACAUUGAAGGCCACGCGAUAUGUUAGACUUGUGGUAAGACUUGGAUAUGCUAACCCCAAGCUUUGCUUUCCCACUGUGGUUGCUUUAGAGGCCUCUCCAUACCAAUAUAUUCGUCAUGUGGCAUCGCAAGUGCACCGGUCUCUUUUUGAAAGACAUGAAUCCCUCAUCGAGGGUGCCUAUCCGAGGGCACUAAAAUUGGCAGUCAGAUAUAAGCGAAAGUUCAUGCCUUUAAAAGAUAUGAUCAAGGAUAAGGUGCUGAUCCGAAAUAUACUGAAAAUUGUCGAUACUGCAAAUUCUGGAAGAAAGCGUAUCAAGUUUUUGAAGUAUCUUGUAGGUACGUUUAAAGUGGUUAAUGUAGACCAUUUGAUAGAAAAGUCCAAUGUGGAGACUUGCUUGUUUGUUAGGGAUUACGUGAUUUUUAUGGCCUUCAACCUUUAUGAAUUAUCAUACAAGACACAAGAAGAAAUUCUUCUAGUCAUGAAUGAGUGUAAUCGGGUGAUAUCUUCUGAGAUUCCUGAUAUACUGGAGGCAGUAGAUGAAUGCAACGAUGAUAUCGGAAGGAAGAUGGCACUUAAACUCGGGUCUUUAGCGAAAGCCUUAUUGAUACUCUGCUAUUUGGGCGACAGUUUGAGAGAUAUUUAUUCUCUUCCCGAAAAGGCACUUAUCAAAUAUCAGGAAUCCUCUAAUGUAGCCAAAGAAUUCAAAAGCAGCCCUAAAAGAGUCGAGGAUGGAGACCUGGAUAUAGAGAACCUCGAUCUUUUACUGAACCAGUCAACGAAUGAAAAAGAGCUCAUGCAACUCUGCGAUUUGCUAAGUAAAUAUGUUUAA